AUGGCAGCACAGCAGUUCAGGCGCCUCGUGCGGUUCAUCCCGACAUCCGACCUGAGCAAGAGGCUCAUCGGACAACCCUCGCUGGAUGAUAUCGACGUGGGUCUUGCUCUGUUCAACGGCACCGAGGUAGCCGUCGACGUCUUUUCCGGCACGUCCGUCCUCAGACCAGGUGUCAAGACUGGGGUCACGGAGACUGUCGAGCGGCUCCUGUCGCCCCUCGAUCCCGGCGAAGUAGGGACGAUCCGGUGCAUCGGUCUCAACUACAAGAACCACGCCAAGGAGGUGGGACUAGACCUACCUACCGUCCCUACCGUCUUCCUGAAGCCGAGCAAUUCUCUGGGUGGUCCGUGGCCGGAGCCGACGGUGCUGCCUAAGCUGUCUCAGCUGGAUGACUGCGGGGACUACGAGUCUGAACUUGCCGUCGUCAUCGGAAAGGACGCCAAGAAUGUGCCCGAAUCGGAGGCCAUGGACUACGUGCUGGGAUACACGGCCUGCAACGACAUCUCGAGCCGGUCACCCCAGUUUGGCCAGUCGCAGUGGUGCUUUUCAAAGGGAUUCGAUGGUUCUUGCCCGAUAGGGCCUACGCUCGUCUCGCCCUCUCUCAUCCCCGACCCUUCCCGCUUGAGGAUACGCGGUCUCAAGAAUGAUGAGGUGAUGCAGGAUGGCGGAUUGGACGAUCUUAUAUUCAGCAUCCCCAGCAUCAUCAGCUUCCUAUCCCAGAGUACCACGCUGCCUGCCGGUACCGUAAUCAUCACCGGCACUCCUGCGGGAGUUGGAUUUGGCAAGUCGCCGAGAGUCACUCUGCGACACGACGAUGUAUUCAAGGUUGAGAUUACGCCUUAUAUCGGAACGCUCGUCAACAAGAUGCAGAAUGAGUAG